AGGUGACGUCACCGAGAUGAAAAGGAUAUUCUGCAUCAAACAAGCGCAACAGUGAAACGAGAUCACACAAGAAGACGAGUUCUAUGUUUGCAAGGGUUUUGCAUGCACCCGUUGUCUCGGGAUCGUGCAUUUAGACUUUUUGUGUCGUCAUAUCGGAGUCUUUGUAUUAAGAAUAACGUGAGUUAGUAAAGACACUCUUUUAAAGUGCUUUUGUUCAGGACGUGGCUGAAGCUUUGAUGUACAGAUCAGAUUACAAUUUUUCAUCUGAGCUUUUAGUGUUGUGCGCAACUCGGGACGGGUUCAGACCUCAGCGGUGAGGGCAGUGGAUCACAUCCGAAACAGCUUGUCGUAUUAGACGGGACUCUAGUCUGUCAUUGGAGUGCACGUGGAAAAGACCUUUGAAAAUGCCCCGGGCACUGAUUCUCUCCGGGUUUCCUCUUCAGAGGAUACUUGUCCUUCCAUUGUGGGUUAUGUUUGCAGUAAUGGCAGAGGAGAGAAGAGAUUGCAGGGAACAGGAAUACAAGGAUACGUUUGGGAACUGUAUUCCCUGCCGGCAGUGUGACGCAGGACAAGAGCUUUCAAAGGAAUGCGGCUUUGGCUAUGGAGAGGAUGCCCAGUGUGUGCCCUGUCGAGCCAGUCGUUUCAAAGAAGACCGCAGUCUACAGAAAUGCAAGCCCUGUCUGGACUGUUCCCUCCUCAACCGCUUCCAGAAGGGCAACUGUUCGACCACAAACAACGCCGUAUGUGGAGACUGCCUGCCUGGAUUUUACAGAAAGACAAAGUUAAGUGGAUUCCAGGAUAUUGAGUGUAUACCUUGUGGAGAUCCACCACCACCUUAUGAGCCGCACUGUAUUGGACGAGUGAAUCUGGUUCCUCUGCAGUCAACAGUGACCAGCCCCAGGGACAUGGCACUUGCUGCAGUGAUCUGCAGUGCUCUGGCCACUGUCCUCCUGGCCCUCUUCAUUCUCUGUGUGAUCUACUGUAAGAGACAGCUGCUGGAGAAAAAACCUGUUUACUUGCGGUCUCACGAGGGUCCGUAUGUGGGGUCCGAGUUGUCUUGUCUGGAUCAGAGAGUGCUCGAGUUCUCCCAGCGGCCGUGUUGUCACUGCCGUCACAUUUCAGGACAGACCUGCGGUCCUGUACACCUGAUCCCAUCUCUGUGCUGUGAUGACACCUGGAGCCAGGGCUGUGGUUGGGAGAGUCGUCCCUUUCACUCUCAAAGCAGUCUCAAUGAAGGACUGGUGAAUCCAUCACUGGGAACGAGUCAAGAAGAUGUGGGUUGUGCACCACAGCCUCUCUUAGAAGAUGUGUCUCUCUCUGAGGCAUGGCCCCCCGCACAGAACUGCAGAACCACAGACCAUCUCCGCUUCAGCUCAGAGUCCACACAGAGAUGUUCCUCCAGUGAAGAUGAUGUAGAACAUGACCUCCAAAGCUCAGGCCUUGUUUCAGCAGAUCUUGAGGACGGAUCAAACAGACGGCUUCUAUAACAGCACCAACUGUCUAUAAUUGAAGGUGAAUGCUCCUAGAGGUAAAACUAAUUAUGACAAAUUAAUUCAAACCACUUUUAAGGACAAUCUCCAUGUGGAUCAAUUGUCUGGAUUAAGGCCUUGAUACUGCAGCCCUCUAGUUACCAGUCCAAAUCUUAACUACAUUAGAAAUAAACACUACAUUGGUGCUUGACCAUGCACCAUUCAUCUGGACACACACACACACACUGAAAAUGUGUUUCGUCGUCUUUCUCCUGCAGUCUGUGACAGCUCACCAACAGCGGUCUAACAAAGACUUUAUUAAUAAGUGUCAACAAAACCACAAAAAGACAAAACAACUCUGAGAAGCUGAGGGAAGCUUUUUGGAGGUCUUUUGUAAAGGAAGCAUUAUAACUAGCCUCUAGUUAUAUAUCCCAGCACUGACUACCUUUUCAGGUGGGUUGAAGUUAAGGUUACUCUGCAGGUAUUAGUUGCAGCUGUGACCUCAGUGGUAAAUUCCAUGUAGAUCAAACUGUUCAUGGCGAAGACUGAAAUCUUCAGUGUGUUAAAUUGUAGAUAUUGUAUCAUAGUAAAUAGGACAAUAUUUUUUAUAAUGGAGAUACUGCAUUGCAUUAUGUGCCUUCACUCUUGCUAUUGGUAAUGAUGUUUGUUAAACUUUAAGAAUUUUGUUGCUCGUCAAAUUUGUAAAUAAAACUUGAUAAACUUUGCAGGAGUGUUAUUAUUUCACAUCAUCAUAAAUGAUAAGUGAACAUGCUUGAAUACUGCCAUGCAAUAUUCAUUUGAAACAGUUUUAUUACAGAAUUAUCUGAAAAUUAUACACACGUUGUCAUAUAAAAACACAUACAGUAUUUUCAGAGAUUCAAUCAGAGGCCUGAGUUAAUUCACAUUUUCAUUUUUUUGCACUACACAGUAAAUACUUUUCAUAAUACUUAUGAAAAUAUGUCCAGGUCAUAUUUCUAAAUUUGAAAAUUAAAUGUUGCCUAUAGAAAAUUAAGCCGAUUUUAAGGACCAUUAAAUGUUUUCGCAUUGUGACAUUAUUUUCAUAACAUUUAAAGAGAUAAUUUUUGGGUGAACUAAGAUUUCUCAUCAUUUACUCACUCUCAUGCCAUCCCAGAUGUGCUUGACUUUCUUUCUUUUGCGGAAAACAAACAAAGA